AUGUUGUACUUCCGUGUUGGAGGAGUCGCUGUUAGUGUACACAUGGCUGCAGGUCGAAUCCGAGUUUGCUGAUCUGCUCUGUGUUUUUGUUCAGGAUUUUUAUUAGGUAGUUUCCUCUUCUUGUUUGGACAUGGUGUGGAUUAGCAGAGUGUGUUGCCGAAAGUACGGGAACUUUGUGGAUAACCUGCGGCUGUAUGUAAGAGGCGGGAGCGGUGGCAUGGGCCUACCUCAUGGGGGACUAGGUGGAAACGGAGGAGACGUGUGGGUGGUGGCUAAAAAAGACCUCAACCUGAAACGGAUCAGAGACAAAUUUCCUAAUAAACGCUUCGUCGCCGGUGUGGGCUACAACAGCAGUAUCCGUGCACUCAAAGGCGCAAAAGGGGCUGAUCUGGAAAUCUCUGCUCCUGUUGGAAUCUGUUUGACCGCGGACGAUGGGAAAACUUUAGGGGAGUUGAAUCAGGAAGGAGAAAGGGUUCUAGUAGCUAAAGGUGGCACCGGUGGAUCCCUUCACUCAGAGUUUUUACCCAGUAAAGGACAGGCCCGGCACAUCCGUCUGGAUCUCCGCCUCAUCGCAGACCUGGGUCUAGUAGGGUUUCCUAAUGCGGGGAAAUCUUCUUUACUGACGGCCCUGUCUCACGCCACACCUCAGAUUGCCAGCUACCCAUUCACAACUCUGAGACCUGAGAUAGGCAAGGUGAUGUAUGAUGACCAUAAGCAGGUGUCAGUAGCAGAUUUGCCCGGUUUGAUCGAGGGUGCUCACAUGAACAGAGGCAUGGGCCACAAGUUCCUAAAACAUGUGGAAAGAACGAAACAGCUUAUGUUUGUGGUUGACGUCUGUGGCUUUCAGCUGGCCACGAAUACACCGUUCAGGUCUGCGUUUGAAGCAGUGCAGCUUCUGACCAAGGAACUGGAGUUGUAUAAGGAGGAGCUGCUGUCCAAGCCAGCCAUCUUGGUGGUUAACAAGAUGGACCUGCCUGAGGCUGAGGAGAAGCUCGGAGAGCUCCAGAACCAGCUUGAGAAUCAGGAGGAAUUGAGUCAGCUCCUCCCAGAGGACAUGGUACCCAAGAGCUUCCUUCAUUUUAAACACACCGUUCCUGUUUCUUCCCUGACUGGCCUCGGGCUUCCUCAUCUUAAAGCAGUCAUCCGUGAGUCGCUGGAAGAGCAAGAAGCCUUAGAAUCAGAGAGACACCGUAUAGAGAAGCUACAGGAGCUGAGACGGGAGAUUCCUGUUGUUUCCAAGACCACUUGGGGGCAGCGUCGCUCCAAACCCUUGAAUUGGAACUGAAUUUAUGAGGUCAUUAUUGCCACCAAAUGGCCACACAUUCAUUAGAACUAUACGUUUCUUCUUUAGUGCUGGAAUUGACUUAUGUCAAUGAUUUCGUGUCCCGUUUCAAAUCGAUCUCGUCUUAGAUCUACAGGCUUUGCGACCUCUCCUUGUUGGAUGGAAUGAAGGACGAAGAAAUAUUUUUACAGUUGUAUACUAUAUGUGUAUUGUAAAUAAAAUUGUGCUUCUUUGUUCCACA